AAAUGGCCGCCGAGGGCCUUCUUUCUGAAUAUCCUGAGCUGAGACCGUUCGUGCUCUCCAACGUAAGAGAGGUCGGAAACAAAAUCGGCGCCGGAGCCUAUGGCACCGUGGAGGAGGUGGCCGUACCUGGAGCCAUCUGCGCAGCCAAAAAGAUCCACGACUUCUUCCAUGACCCGCGACAAGUCCCGAGCGGCGCUAUCCGCAGAGCCACAGCCAAGUUCGUGAGGGAAUGUCAGCUGAUGAGCACCCUCCGCCACCCGAACAUCGUCCAGUUUCUGGGAUUGUGUUUUCUGCCCGGCUCGCGACUGCCAGCCCUCGUCAUGGAGCGAAUGCUGACAAGCCUUCACGACUUGCUGGACCCAGAAACGGACCCUCCUCCCCCGCCCGACGCGCCUAAGCCGUUCUUCCCGCUGAGCCUAAUGUGCUCGAUCUUGCACAAUGUGGGGUGCGGCCUAGCCUACCUCCACGAGCGAUCGCCGCCCGUCAUCCACCGCGACUUGUCGGCCAGAAAUGUUCUCCUGAACUCGGGGAUGGUGGCCAAGAUAGCGGACCUUGGUGUGGCUCGUAUUGUACCUCGUAUGAGAGCUGCAGCCACCAUGACAAAGGGACCUGGGGCCAUAAUUUACAUGCCUCCAGAGGCCAUGGAAGACAAGCCAGAAGGUGAAGAAAAGAAUGAUACACAAGAGGAAGAAUCAAAAGCAAAAUACGAUGCCAGCAUUGAUAUCUUCUCCUUCGGUGUUGUUGCCAUUUUCACACUCUGCCAAACCUUUCCUGACAAAUUACUAGCUCCCAACUAUCGCGAACACGGUCGUUUGCUUGGUCGAACUGAGCUAGAGCGAAGAGAGAAGUACAUGAGGAUGAUCUACAGGCAGUUACGCGAGAAGCAUCCUCUCCUCCAGAUGAUUGAGGGGUGUCUGGACUUUCCAGAAGACCGGCCGAGCAUUCGUGAGGUGCUGCGUCUGUUGGAGGAGGCCAGAGCUGAAGUGAGAGACGGGCAGACAGACAUGAACAAACUGGAGCUUUUGCGAGCUCUUCAGACCCAGCCCAGGAACCAGAGUUUGGAGAGAGAUCUACAGUCUCGUGUGCAAGAGCUACAGCGACAGUUGCUGUCCAGAAACCAGGAGAAUGCAGAUUUCCAGUCAAGUGUGCAAGAGCUACACUCCAGUAACCAGGUAUGGCUAAGGACAGGGAUCUUGCUGCAACUCAGCAGCAGCUGAGAAUGAAUGAGGAACAGCUAGCUAGACAGAACGUGGAGCUGAUAAGAGUAGAGGAGACCAUCAGGAGAGAGCAGCAGCAACUGAGACAGAAGGAGGAAGAGCUCCAGUCCAGUGAGAGGGAGAAACAGACAAUCAGACAACAGCUGACGAGAAAGGAAACAGAGUUAGCUGAGACUCAGCAACAUUUGAGACAGAAAGAAGAACAGCUACGAUCAAGUGAGGCUCGUGUGGCUGACUUCCGGAAGCAGAUAGACUCAGAGACUCGGAAGACAGAGGUCAACAUAAUUUUUUUUUACUUUAAUCACAGCCUGCACCCUUGGUUGCAGACUCAGUCUGGUGGCCUAGCAACAGCUAUACCCCAUUCCGUACCACCUGCUAGAGCUAAACCGAGCAAGGUAUGCGUGAAUUUUUCAAGGUGGAGGCUAUGAAAUACACCACCUUCCCUUGCUACAUCUCAGGGGGUAAAGCAAUCGUCAGGGGGGAGGUAAAUUGUCCCCCUGGCCCCCUCCCCCUUGGUAUGCAGCAAAACCAACACACACUAGAUUUGCACAGAAACAUAUCACCAGGCAGACAAUGAAUUUUUCUAAGGGGAAUCAUCGCAGUUGAGCUUCUGCUGUUGUAAUGACUGUAGUAGCUAACAGACAGACAAGUACCUUGACCUUCGGUGCACAUGCGUGUUAUAGGAUUAAGCAUUGUGAUCUCCCCUCAGCUUACUGUGCAGUGUCAUCAAAAGAAGACAGCACCAUGUAACAUGAGGAGAGGAUGUGCAACAACUGAUGGUCGUUUUGCAUACUUCACCCCAUGGCUCUCCGCCUCAGUCUACCGAUACAAAAGGAAGACAGACAAAUGGAAGGAACUUCCUUCAUGUCAUUACCAGGACUCUGGACUAGUCAUUAUUGACAAGGAACUAACUGCUGUGGGGGGAUAUGAUCAAUUUCGUACAAACAAACUAUUGACCCUACGACAAGGGAAAUGGAUUGAGGAAUACCCUCCAAUGAAAAGCGCACGUUCUUCCCCUGCUGUAGUUUGUACAUCUGAUGGAGAAUACCUCAUUGUGAUUGGGGGGUAUGUUGGUGGUGGUCGUUGGACUUCUGUAGUUGAACUAUUUCAAGUCAAGAGCAGAAGCUGGUACAAGCUAACUGACUUACCAAUCCGUCUGGAGUUCCCUUCAGCCACUCUAUGCGGUUUAUUUAGUGCAUGUGAUAGGAGACGAUGAUAAAGGCUACACGUUUUCUCUUCAGGUUCCACCAUCCAGUGACAAACUUAUCCCACUGCAGAUACCGACCAUAAUACAACCUCUCCCUCCUCUACCAGUGACACACUCAACUGCUGCCACUCUCUGUGGACAGCUAGUACUCAUUGGUGGCGAGGGGAGUUUGUCAGAAGUCAACUCCAUUUACCAGCUAGUGGACGGGCAGUGGGGAGAGAUUGGCUCUAUGGCUAAUGGGAGGAGUUACUGUUUAGUAGCCAGUCCAUCCCCAGACGUGAUUAUCAUAGUGGGUGGAUGGGGAGCAAAAGACAGUGUUGAAGAAUUUAUCGCUGUUUAGUUAUAUGUGCUGUAUAAAAUUGCCUCUAUUUUUUAU